CAGAUUUUGGUCGCUGUGAUAUAACGUAAGCUUAGUAUUAAGCUCUCAUUUGCUCUCUCCCUCCUCUCCCUCCCUCUAGAGUUGUGACUUUCGAGUUGUGUGAGAGUUCAGCCUCACGGUAAAACGACUUUGAUAAUGGCAGUAGCAAGAUCACGCAACGAUUACGACUGCCUUAUCAAGCUCCUUCUCAUCGGUGAUAGCGGAGUAGGAAAAAGCUGCUUAUUGUUACGUUUUACCGAUGAUUCUUUCACUACUAGUUUCAUCACUACUAUCGGGAUUGACUUUAAGAUUAGGACAGUUGAGCUUGAUGGGAAACGCAUUAAAAUGCAAAUAUGGGACACUGCUGGUCAAGAACGUUUCCGAACAAUAACCACUGCUUAUUACAGGGGCGCCAUGGGAAUAUUGCUGGUCUACGAUGUAACAGAUGAAACAUCCUUUAACAACAUCAGGAACUGGAUCGUGAACAUCGAGCAGCAUGCAUCUGAUAAUGUUAACAAAAUUUUGGUCGGAAACAAAGCUGACAUGGAUGAGAGCAAAAGGGUAGUCCCAACAUCCAGGGGCAAGGCAUUGGCUGAUGAAUACGGCAUCAGAUUUUUUGAGACCAGUGCCAAGACCAACUUGAACGUGGAGCAGGUCUUUUUUUCUAUAGCAAGAGACAUAAAGCAGAGACUUUCAGAGGGUGAUUCAAGAGCGGAGCCUCAAUCCAUCAAAAUCAGCAAAGUUGAGGCGGUCAAAGGCUCAUCUGCUUCUACAGCUUUGUUACAGAAAUCAGCAUGUUGCGGCACAUGAUUUCUCCGAUGUAUCAGCACUUUCUCGAAUACCUUAUAUCCCCAGCAGUGAGCUAUGGGAUGCUAAGCAAGUUCAUAGUUUAUAACGUUGUGAUUCCCUCCUAAAAUACAAGGAGGAAAAUUUUCAACGCUUCAAGAUUUGGUGUGACUGAACUGUAGUUUAGAAUUGAUCACAGUAUUUUUUUCCCCCGUCCAGCGGACUGAUUUGACGUGCUCAUAUUUGAUGCUGUGGGGACCAUCUGAUUAAGUUUCGAGAUGCGUAGUAGGAUUUCUAUUACAUUGUAAGGUUUGUAAUUUCGCAUGACUUUGUGAAGGCAGAAAUUGUGCAAGUGCCUCGUAAUUUAAUUUUU